AAUUCAUUUCCUCUUCCAAAAAUCUUCAAAUUCUUUCUUCUUCCAAAUAUUUCCUAAUCUCCUCCAAAAAUCCUAAACACUAAAUAAUCCUCCUCCCUCAUUCGAAUAAUCCUCCCUCUAAUCCUACAAAGUGGUAUCAGAGCCCGGUUUCUUAAAUUUUCGAAAAAAAUCUUGAGAGAUUAAAGAGAGUUGUGAGAAGUAAUGGCGACUACAAGCUAUCAAUAUCCCCGUCUAACAAAGACGAACUAUGAAAAAUGGUGCUUACGAAUGAAGGCUUUGCUCGACUACAACGAAGUUUGGGAGAUUGUGGAGAAAGGGUACGAGAAAACCGAAGAUGAGGAGUCUUUAUCGCAACCCCAAAUGAAGGCUUUGUCCGAGUCAAGGAAGAAGGAUAAGCACACUCUCACUCUCAUUCAUCAAUGUUUGGAUGACGAGUUACUCGACAAAGUCUCUCAUGCCACUACGUCAAAUGAGAUCACGAGGAGCACGAGUAGCACGUUUGAGGCGACGAAGACUUCAAGAGACAACAUCGUUGAAAUGACGCCACGACGUGCUCAGUCUACGACGGGAGACAACAAUAUCCCCAACUAUGUUCCCCAAGCUGCGGAAUUUAGGAAAUUUCAGGAGGAGAUACGAAAUGAAUUCCGUGCAUUCCAGGAGACCAUGAUACAAACCUUGAUGGCACAUCUCCCACCUCCACCCCCAGCGCGAGGUCCGGAACCUAGGGAGGAAGACCUACCUCCGCCACCACCUGCACCGGCAGCGAUAGGAGACUACCUACCUAUUGUUCGGGAAUUACGGGCCAUGCACACUCCAAGGUUUGGAGGAUCACUGGAUCCCGAGGCUGCAGAAGAAUAA